AUGGCUGCUCAAUUGCAAAAUUCUACAGAUGAAAUGAGGAAGAAGCUUCUUGGUAAUUCUUCAACGGCUGAACUCAAUAAUUCCAAUACGGUUCCUUCGAAGGGUGCAAGUUCCCCAUCUGAUGCAAGAUCGUGUGUAUCAUCCAUAGGAGAUGCUUCUGGUAGUGUUAAGGAAGUUGAUGUGGAUCAUGAAUACUUGACAACAGAUCAGGGUGUUCCUUAUCCUGCUGGCGGCUAUUAUGGUUACUACUAUCCAGGUUAUGGUGGUUUCUUUGGAGAAUCAGACAACCAAGGGUACUACGUUGGUGCGGAUGCCAUGGAUCUUCAGUACCCUGUCAUGCAAGCAGAUAAUGGAUCUUAUGUCUAUCUCAUGCCAGGAUUUCAGACUGGCUACCCUUCAUACUUUCCUGUAAGUACAGCUGGUGUUGAAGGACAGUAUAAUGUCUACCACCCUGGCUCCAUCUUUCAACAGCCAAUUGGAUCACCUGGUUAUUUUCCAGCUUCUCUAUCAUAUGGAGAGUUACCACAAUCAACAUACUCAUGGGAUUCUUCUCUAAUCACCCAAGAUGGAUUACAAGGACAUGGUUAUAGUGAACUGGCUGUUAAACCAAAUGGUAGAUCUAAUUUGUCUUCCCAGAGUCAUUCCGGUGGUAUUGUGUCAAAGUCUUCACCCUCAUCUAACUUGGCAGAAGUGAAGGGUUCAACACCAUUAUUAGAGGUCUCAUCAACUCAUGUUAAGAGAAACCAGCCAAAACAAACAAACAAAGCACCUGUUUCAGUCCUCCAUUCUCCUGUCGCCAAGUUUCCCACAUACAAUCAAGGAAAGAGUGGAUUCCUCUAUCCAAACAACUUGCUUAAUGUGAAAGCAAAUACAAAGGGCUGGGUUAAUACUGAUAAGUUGAAAAACAGAAACAAGGUCAAUGAUUCACUUAAUGAGCAGAAUCAAGGUCCUAGAACAGCUAAUGCAAAAGGUGCAUUAGUGUCUGGAGGUAAUUCUGCGAGAAACGUGGCCCUAGGUGGGAGUGGAAAUGUUACCAGCAAAAUCAAGACAGAUCAAUACAAUCUUCCUGAUUUUCCAACCAAAUAUGACCAUGCACUUUUCUUUGUCAUCAAAUCAUACAGUGAAGAUGAUAUCCACAAGAGCAUCAAGUACAACGUGUGGGCGAGUACUCCUAAUGGGAACAAGAGGCUGGAUGGUGCAUUUCAGGAUGCACAGAAGAGAAUGGAAGAGAAACGAUGCAAGUGCCCUGUGUUCCUUUUCUUUUCGGUCAAUGCUAGUGGUCAAUUUUGUGGAGUAGCUGAGAUGACUGGUCGAGUUGAUUUCAACAAAAGUAUGGAUUUCUGGCAACAAGAUAAAUGGAAUGGAUAUUUCCCUGUCAAAUGGCAUAUUAUAAAGGAUGUUCCAAAUCCUCAAUUACGGCACAUAAUACUUGAGAAUAAUGAUCACAAGCCUGUCACAAAUAGUAGAGACACACAAGAGGUGAGUUAUCCCCAAGGUGUUGAAAUUCUCAACAUUUUCAAGAACUAUGUGGCAAGAACCUCCAUAUUGGAUGACUUUGAGUUUUACGAAAGCCGCCAGAAGGUCUUGCAGGAGAAGAAAACAAGGCAAUCUAUGCCCCAUACCAGUUUACAGCAUCUAGAUGAAUUAACCACAACACUAGGGUCAGUAGACCUAUCAUCAUCAUCUGUGAAGAACAUGGAGGAUCCUAAGGUGGUUGAGAAAGUGAAUGACUGA